UAAGCCUAACCAUUCAUGAGAAACAGCUACUCCAGACAGACGGCUUUGGUCACCAGCUCUAUCCAGCCCCCAGAGGCAGAGUUGACAAUGGGGAGAAUGUUACCUCUCCUGGCUCUAGGGCUCUUGGUGGCUGGAUUCUGCCCUGCUGUCCUCUCCGACCCUAAGAGCACACUAGACAAGAAGAAUCCGAAUCAGGAGGAACAAGACCAGGGGACACAUGUGGACUUCCGAUUAGCCUCUAACAACAUGGACUUUGCCUUCAGCCUGUACAAGCAGUUGACACGGAAAGCCCCUGGUAAGAAUGUCAUCUUCUCCCCGCUGAGCAUCUCUACUGCCUUGGCCUUCCUGUCCCUGGGGGCCCGUAAUUCCACCCUGAUGGAGAUUCUCCAGGGCCUCAAGUUCAGCCUCACAGAGACUUCCGAGGCAGAAAUUCACCAGAGCUUCCAGCACCUCCUGAGCACCCUCAACCAGUCCAGUGACGAGCUGCAGCUCAGUGUGGGAAACGCCAUGUUCGUCAAAGAGCAGCUCAAUCUGCUGGACAGGUUCACGGAGGACGCCAAGAGCCUGUAUGGCGCUGAGGCCUUUGCCACUGACUUUCAGGACUCAGAGGCAGCUAAGAAGCUCAUCAAUGACUACGUGCAGAAGGGAACCCGGGGGAAAAUCAGGGAUCUGAUCAGGAACCUUGACCAGCAGACAAUGAUGGUCCUGGUGAAUUACAUCUUCUUUAAAGCCAAGUGGAAGACUCCCUUUGACAUACGUGAAACUUUUGUGUCAAAGUUCUACUUUGGCAACCUGAUGUGGGUGAAGGUCCCCAUGAUGAGAAUGGAUGACAUGGCUGCACCUUACUUCUGGGACGAGGAGCUGCUAUGCACCAUAGUGGAGCUGCCGUACACAGGCAAUGCCAGCGCAUUCUUCAUCCUCCCUGAUCAAAACAAGAUGGAGCGAGUGGAAGCCAUGCUGCUCCCGGAGACCCUGAAGCGAUGGAGGAACUCACUGAAGACCAGAUGGCUAGCACUCUUCCUGCCAAAGUUUUCCAUCUCGGGGGACUAUAACCUAGAAGACAUACUUCCCCAGCUGGGCAUCGAGGAGGUCUUCACCAGCAAGGCUGACCUGUCAGGGAUCACAGGGGCCAGAAACCUCCGGGUCUCCCAGGUGACCCACAAGGCUGUGCUUGAUGUGUCUGAGGAGGGCACAGAAGCAUCUACUUCCCCAGCGCUCUCACUCUCCCUCCUUCCCCCAAAUGUGGGCCCAAUGGUCAUUGUGCGUUUCAACAUGCCCUUCCUGGUGAUCGUCGCCCGAACUGACACCCCAAGCAUCCUCUUCAUGAGCAGAGUCAUCUAUCCCACAAGAGCCUAGAGCUUACCAUUGAGCAGUGGGGCUCCCAUUAAGGAGCCGGGAAUGGAAGCUGGAUGCUUGGGCCUCUGGGUACAGCCUGGCCCCAUGCACCAAGCAGCCAGGGCAUGUCUGGCCCUGUGUGCUCACCCUUUGAAGGUGACAGUGACUGCCUGUGGAGCGCCAUCAUGCACAGGGGCCCAUGGACUCUUUGUUUGGGAGGGCCCUGUGCCUCCUGACAACAAUAAACAAUUUCCUUGGACACGCUGCUUGUGCCUUUCCAUGCUGACUGCCGGACUCUGUGCUCCUGAGGCCACCUGUGUCCCAAAGCCAAACCCUUUGACCUCCCACGCAGGCUGAGCUCCACCCCAGGAACUGGGCUCCUUUUGCAUUCAUCUACAGCAGCCUGCCCAGGUCCACCCAAGCUUGUGGCCACGCCCACUUGGACCUCAGGCCCAGAGCUGGCGGAACCUGCUGCUCUAAGGCCAAUUCCUGCCUGCUGGGCUUUGGGCUGCCCGCUUUCAAUUCCCUGCUCUCCACCUCCAGGGUCCAGUCUCCACCUGGCUCUUGCCAGUGCUCCUGGCCCUGACCACAACUGGACAGCCCCCAGGCCCCUCGCUCCUGUAGCUGGGCAGGACUUUAUCAUGGGAUGCCCCCCUUCUGCCAUUUGGCACCCCCAGUUUAGGGGGAGUAUCUACUUUCUGGGUUUCCAGACUGAGCCCCUCAACUGCCUCACCAGUUCCUAGCCCUCGCUCUGUGAAUGACCUCCCUCAACAACCAGAAUGCAGGGCUGAGGACAAAUGAGCCAUUACAGCACAACUGCAGUAAGAGCAAUCGUGCAGUCAGGCAUUUAACUGAGGCUCUCAGGUACCUUGCAAUCUCUGCUACAAAGGCAACAAUGAUAACGUUGACAACAACUGAAUUCCUGAGGAUUUUAUGCCAGUCAGUCUGCUAAGAUCUCUCCCUGAAAUAACCUGUUGAAUCCUCCUGAUGACCCGAUGAGAUAAAUCCUGUCAGCAGUCCCAUUCUAUGGAUGAGGAAACUGAGGCACAGAGAGGCUUGGUAAUAUUCUCAAGGCCACAUAGCUAGUAAUAAUUGCCAGCAGAACGUUAUUCCAACCCUCCUGACACUUUGUGGUUAAGAGGCACGUUCUUAACCACAAAGUUAUUUCCACAGGAGUUGCCUUCAUGGAAUGUACAAACUUACAGCAAGUAGAUGGUGAAAUAAGUCUAUGGAAGCCAAAGGAGAGCACCAAACCCAGUCUGGGAAGUCAGGGAAAGCUUCCUGGAGGAGGUGGCUUCCGUGCUGAGAUCAGGGGAAGAGAAGGUGCUCAAGCGAACAGACGGGACAGUGCUUCAGACGGGAGAAAGAGCAAUGGUAGCAGUCAAGAAACCAAAAGAAGAUGGGCGGCUCUGGGGCAGAGAGCAGCGAGGCUGAGGGGCUGCAGAGAGGAACGGGCCACGACAGAGCCGCUGGACUGCAGAGGGGCGGGCCACCGCAAGGAUUCCCAAGUGGUUCCUUAGAGCCACAGGGAGCUCUAAGGGAGUUUCAGCACAGAGGCGAUGGAGGCAGCGCUGCGUGCUAGGAAAGUACUCUGGCUGCUGAGCAGAAACGGGAUUCGUGCCCCAGGACAAGGAUGUGGGUUGGACAUCAAGGGGCCUCUGUGGGAACUGGGGCAAAGGUAGGUCAGAGCUGGGGAGGGCGAGCAGGGAUGAUUCUGCUUGAAGGCUUUGAGAAGAGUGGGUGGGAAUUUAUGAUUGGCGGUGGGGAAGAAGGGAGAAGAACUGUAUUUGGCUUUGGGCACCUGGGUGAUGACUACCUAGUCUCUGACUAGGAAACCCAGCAGGGGCUUGCUGGCAAGGGAAGCUGACACAUUCAGAUUUGGAACUCCCAUGUCUGAGGUUCCUGGGAGAAUCCCCCGGGACUUGCUCAGGAAGCAGCUGGGCUGAAGUCAGGAGAGAAAUCUGGGCUGGAGGGGAGCAUUCAGGAUUCCUCUCCCGGGAUGGACAAGUGAGUAUUGAGGUGUCCCUUCAAAUGAAUGCCAUGGAGUGCAAAGAGAAGGAGAACGUCCCCCAUUCCCAAAGAAGGACCGGCUAAGAAAGGGCAGCCCACCAAGGAGAGUCACCAGCAUAGGGCAGGAGACAAGAGGACAGGAAGAAAGCUGUCACCGCAGGACCAAGAGGAGAGACUUAUCCAAGGAUAGGGGAGAAAAUGCAGAAACAGUGAUGAUUGAAUGGAAUGAAUGUGUCCACAAGAUUUAGUGAUCUAAAGCCACUUGGGGCUCACCAGUGCAAUGUUAGCAGAAUUAAGGGAGGACGGGGUAGGGGGGGCUGGAGAGUGAGCAGGAUAGGAAGAGAGAGAAAGCCAGGCAGCCUGCAAAUAUGUAUUUAGAGAGACAGGGUGGUGGGUAGUGGGUGCUAAGUUGAAGUUCACUGCAGUGCUCCACAGAUGUCAGAGCCUUGAGCAAGCUUUCAUAACCAGAGAAAGGAUUCAGAAGGCAGGGCGGCAAGCAACCAGGGUUGCAGAGUGGCACAGCUCCUAAGGUCACAAUUCACAGGUGGUUUGACACCGUCUUCAACCUGGAGUUGCAGAGUGAGCAGCCAGCCAGGCAGCAUGAAGCAUCACGGGAGAGGGCACAGGUGGAGGGCAAGGAUCAAGGAUCAAGGCUUCCACUGUGAAGGGAAUGCAGGGAGUGGGGCGAGGGGGCCGGUGAGAGUGUGUGUUUCUUGGUAGGAUCAGUUGAGACCUCCUCUCCCCCGAUGACUCUGAUGAUUCCUAGUGUAGAAAGUAAAGUCACCUGAGUAGUGACAUUUGCCAGAGGUUGGGCCAGGAGAAGGCACAAAAUGGGACAGAAAGUUGACCAGGGUGUCACGGCAGGUCAGCCACGCUCAGCAAUCAGUGCCCUGGAGGUCCAGCUCCAGAAAUUCUUAGUGGUUCCAACCUUUACAGACAGCUGUGAAAUGCCCUGUCUGGUGGAAUAUCUUUCCAUUCUUACCAGCGCUCUUGUGGGUUUCAAGAAGGCCAACCACUGAUCAGAAGGACAGGAGUCAAGGGGUUAGAGCUACAGAAGAGAGGAUUGAGACCAGCAUGAACUUGAGACCAGCACUGGGGGUACGAAUGAGAGCAGAGGGAGCUGAUCACUGGGGAAGCCUGAGGAUGGGGAGAUGGGGUCCGCAGGAGGUCCAGGAAUGACCUGUUAGAAGUGCCAUAUGAACGAUAAAGGCUACUUUUCCCCCUCACGAGGGUUUUUUCUCAUUGACUCAGUUUUCCCGCCUGUACAGUGGAAACCAUGAUAUGAUAGGAUGUGCAUGAUAGCGUGUGCAUGUCUGUGUGCAUCCAUGUGUAAGAAGUCAGGAAGUCAUUGAAAUGUUCGCUCCUGAGUCUGAACGUUCCCUGGACAGCAAUUUAAAAACUCCCGAGAUGAUCUUUUCCAUGUGAACUAACUCCUUAUCCAGGCUGGCAUGGCUUCUCAUCCCUCAGCUGGGGCUGGAUGGCAUUGCACAGGACAAGGCUCUGACCUGCCCAGCUCCUGCCCCCAUUCCCUCCUGGCCUCAGUCCAGGUGUCUAAGGAGCCUUACCACAGCCCAGGGCUCAUUGUCUUCUGUGACUUAGGUCUAGAAAUUGCUGGAUGAAAACUGAGUUCCUCCCUUAAGGGGGCACCUGGGCCCCAGACCUGUGAGGAUGGGGCUGGGUUUCACUCUUCUCCCUCCCCUGGGGGCUGAGGGUCCAUCCACCUGCUGGUCACUAACUAUUGCCCUUAAAUGGCUUCCUGCCGUUAGCUGCAGGAAAGGAGACUGAGGGGAGAGAUAUUUAUUAGACAGAAGUGAUGAGACUUUAUGGUUGACUGUGUGAGGGACAGAAAGAAAGCAAAGAUGGCACCCAAGUUGCUGUGUUGGGAACUUGGGGAACUGAAAUUCACAUGCCAUUCCAUGAGCUAAGGAUUACAGAAUGAAUAAUGUUUUGUGCAGGAAGAAGGUAAGUCCUGAUGUGGACAUGUGGGUUUGGAGGUGCCUGCAUGUCAUCUAAGAAGACAAGUCCAAUAGAGAAUGGGCUCUAUGGAUCUGAAGUUUAAUAAAGAAAUUUGAGUGAGAGGGAUGGAUUUCAGGAUUUCUUCUUGGCAAAAAGGUGAGGACAUUCCUGCCAAAAGACUUCUAUUUUCACCUGUGACAGAGAAAGAGAUGCUCUCUGCUGAGUGCAUCAUGGGGAAGCAGAAAACCCAGAAGUCUGGAGGAGCAGAGACGAGGACACAUCAGGAAACCGUAAUGUUCUAGCAGGCACUAAUAAGGAACCCUUGGGGGCUGGAGAUGACUGUGUCACUAGCUUGUACAGGUGGGUGGUUCCAAAUAUAAUCAGCAGUUCAGACACAGACAGAAAGGGGAUAGACUGCAGGUGGCUACUGGAGCUGAAAUUUCCCCUGGUUACAGGAAGGAGGGGCCAUAAGUGGCCGACACAAGGACAAAUGAAUAUAUCUGAAAAUAUUAAUCAGAGAGUCAUUCAAAUGAUGAGAUUUUCAUAUUCCAGGCCGGGAACAUCAAGGAGCCAUAACAGGCAGAGCUGAUGGGUGACAGAGGUGUCUGGAAACAAGAUGGCACUUGGAAGUUGAAUAGGGGUUGGCACACUGAGGUCGAAGAUGUGGGAUAAUUCAUAAAUUGAUAAAAGGGUUCCUUCCACCUUCUCCAUGUCCCUUUUACUCAGAUCUACCAGCUUGGAAAUGAGGAAAUAACGCCCACAAAUUCCAUGCAACUGGUUCUCCUCUCUACUCCCCCUUUCUUCUCAGAGCCCUUCCACUUGCCACACAGCUCCCGUGGUGACUUUCGGGUCAGCAAACCUUCAAAGUCCAGUUCAGAUCUUGCUCACGUGAUUUUGGCCUAAUUACCUGGCAUCACUGUUACUGCCUCUGCUCUUGAAUGUUGGGAGAGCAUCUACUCCAGAGGACCAUCAGGUGGAUUACAAAGAAUAAUAACAACGACACAUGUCAAAGGCCUGGCUGGGUUCCGUAACCCCUGCUCCACUGACCACAGCCUCUGCCACACCAGAAACAUCCGUGAUGCCCUCUUGUGCCCACAGGUGCUGCUUAGGGCUGUGAUUGUUGUGGCCAAGAAGGGCACAGAGGAAUUAAGUUUCAAUUCUCUACAAAAAAACAAAAAACAAAAAAACAAAAAAACCCCAUUGACCACUGUGCAUUUCAACAGAACUUUCCUAAUGGCCAUUCCUCUCCCCAGACACUCAGAGCAUCCUCUCUGGGCAAAAUUUUUGACCCCAAAAAAGAGAUGAAACUAAAAUCACAAUUUGCAAAGUAAACUAAAUUGGGAUCUACAAAUCUGGUAAACUAUAUUCAACCAUGACUUGUUACAUGUAGUAGGUCCAGAAUGUAUCAAUAGCCACAUAUCAGACCCAUGUGUUCGAAGGAAAGGCCACAGCAAAUGCUUCUAAGAGUAACUCCACACAGACUCAGGUUUUAUAGAAAAGAACACUGUUCGCUUACUUUACAAAUCCUGACCAUGUUUUCUAAGUAUCACUCAGAAACUACCAUAGGCCAACUCAGCCCAUGGGACCCUGUAUUUCUCUUAGCUACCCUCCUUCCAGACUUUGCUGAGCUGCCAAGAUGGUGUUCUCCCUUGCUCAGAGAGUUCAAUAAACCCAGAUUUGUUUGAAA